AUGGCGGCGGGAGCUGAGGCCGUGUCGGCGGCCGUGCCCGCACCGGCGGCGGCGUCGUUCCUGGCCUUGGAGCCGCGGCUGCAGCGCGAGUUCCAGCAGAAGGUGCAGCGGGUCCGCAACAACCGGGCGGCCAAGGAGGAGCUGACGCCGGGCGUGGUGUACGUGGGGCACCUCCCGCGGGGGCUCUGCGAGCCGCAGAUCUACCAGUACUUUGAGCAGUUCGGGACGGUGACGCGGCUCCGGCUGUCGAGGAGUAAGAAGACUGGAGCUAGCAAAGGCUACGGAUUUGUAGAGUUUGCGUCCGAUGACGUGGCUAAGAUUGUUGCAGACACAAUGAACAACUACCUGUUUUCUGAAAGACUGCUAAAGUGUCAGUUUCUACCUCCUGAAAGGGUCCAUGAAAACCUUUUCAAAAACAGUAACAAAAUAUUUCGGAAGCCUUCCCAGCCAGCGGUCAGGCGGUACAAUAAGAUACGUUCACUCGUUCAGAAGGCAAAGAUGACAAAGCGACUGCUACGAAAGGAGAAGCUUUUACGGAAGAGGCUGGCUGAAAAGGGGCUCGAUUAUGACUUCCCAGGAUUUGCUGCACAGGAGCUUUCCAUGAAGAGAAAAAAAGUUAAAACAUCCAAGAAGUCAAAACUGAACCUUUCUUUGAGCAGCCAGGAUCCUACUCCAGUCUGUACUCCAACAGUGCUCGAGCGCCGGAAAGCUUCCCAGGCGGAUGAUGACGCAGAGGACAAUGAAAUAACUCUCAGAUUGCCCCCUGCAAGUGUUAAGAAUGCUGUGCAGAGACCAAAGAAGCAGCCAAGAAAAACCAAACCUGAAGAAACAGAAAUAGACUUAAAAUUUUGAUGGCUGUAGCCAUGUUUUUCCUCAACUCAAAAACUGGCGAGGUGGAGCUUCUAGUGGUUCUGCUGCCCUGGCUCGGUUCAUCUUGACUAGACUGUUUCAGUCUUUCCUAGGCAAGGAAUCUUUUCACAAAUCCUCCCCCUCCUGUUUAGCCAUUAGGGGACCUACAGUCUUCUCUGCCUUUGAAGAUAUUCUUGACUUUGUGCUCACAACUGCCCGUGCUGUGACACACCUACAGUCGUGCCAGAACCUUCAGUUAAUUCUGUAACUUGUCUCUAGUUCUCACUGUUUUGAAAGAAAAUGUGAGGCUGUCCAUUCAGAACUUGCUGAUGCGGGCUGUAUCUUACCUUUAUAAUUAAUGAUGGGUUAUAAAAAAAAAAAUUAACCAUUUUUCAA